GAGAGAGAGGAGAGAGGAGAGAGGAGAGAGUCAGUCUGUUGCAACCAGUGUCAGUUUCACAAAGGACUUGCUGAAGCCUCUGGGGCAGGUAGUAUUUGGGGCUCUACAAUCUAGAGUAAACUCCCAGACUCGACUGCUCCUAUCUCUUUUGUGUCUUAAAGCACCCGGAUUGGAGAGGAGCCGGAGGCUGGGGCCAGCGGGUUGUUACUUCUGUGGCUGUGGACGAGGAAGGGGGUGGGGAGAGUUGUGGGUGGUUUUUUUUUUUUUUUUUUUUUUUUUUUUUUUGUCGGAGAACCGAGGUAGCGUCUGCAGCUUGCAACUAUCACCAAAUAAACCUCAGCCUGCAGACGAGGAAAGAAGGACCCUCGGCCGGAUCGACAAGGGAGCCUGAGACUCUCCCUCCCCGGGCUCCGGCACUGGGAGAGGGAAGCCAUUGGUUUGGGGGGGUCUGGCUGUUCAUUUCCCCAUGGAUUUGAUGAUUAGGUUCGCUGUCUCUGCUCUUGUUCGAGAAGAUCGCAGGUGAAACUAUUAUGGUCUCGCAAAGCAUGGGGAAUUCAGAAGAUGCAGUUUAAAGACGGAAGAAGCAACAACAGAUUAAGCACAGGAGACUCUGCUUUCACGAACAGAUGCCUGAUGGUUGCCUACCCUUUCUCUUUCAUUAGGGGAGACAAAUUUGCUGUCAGCCAGCCAGAUUUCCAAUUUACCGAUAAUGAUUCUUGCAUGAAAAUUGAUCGAGGGGGCUUUCUAAUGCUGGGCGCUCUCUCCUUCUCUUCUCUCCCAGCUCUUCUCCUUCUGGCUGGGUUAUUGUAGCCUGCAGGAGUUUCUCCCUCCUUCCCACCACCAUCUCUCUGCUUCCUGAGUCAGUGGUGGGACGCCAAGGAAAAGAGAUAAGAACCAGAGGGGAGAAAGGGGAAGAGGGGAGAAAGACAGGGGGGCGUGGAGAAAGGGAACCAGGUUUUCAGUCUUUCUCCCUACCGAGACUUGUGUUUGCAAUAUCGGUUCCUUUAUUUCCGAGAAGAAAUAUCCCCACACUGUACUUCUUGGCUGUUUGAGUAUUAAUUUUCUUCUCUUCUCUCCUCUCCCCCACUCCUCCUUUCUCCCUCCUCCCCACUCUUUCUCCCCCCCCCCCCGCCCCUCCUCAACCAGUAGCUAAGGGGAAGCGAAAACAAAGCCGAUUUCUCCUUGGCAACAAGAGAUACCCCCCCUCUUACCGCCCCCCCCCCUUCCUUUUUCCUUCUGAUUCUGAACAUGAAGCCCUGUUGGAAACAAAUCCAUUGACCCUCGCCCUUGACAUUCAAAUGACUGAAUGGAGAAAAGAUUGCUACUCGCACGUCUUGGGGGCUGUUUUUCUCCCCUCUUUUUUUUUUUUUCUUUUUCUCAAAUGAGUAAUCCCUAAAGCAGAUCUCAAACCCGGGAAUCCUUCUCCUCUCUCGUUUUCUCUCCCUCCCUUUCCCUUUCUUUCUCUCCACCAUCACUCUCUCCCCACAACCCCCCCCCCCUUUUUUUAUUUGCAUCUCAAGUCCAAAAGGCAGAAAAUACACACCCAGGGAAGACAUCGAGGCAUCUGUUUAAAGCCUCCAAGUGCUGUCGUUUGGGUCAAUUACCUCACCCGUGGAUCUCCGAGCGCCAAGGCGGCCAAAAUUGGCGAGACAUUUUUUUUUUUUUAAACAAACUUAAAAUUUCUUGGAUUGCGAUUCGGAUCGCCUUCCUGCCCAUUUUUUUUUUUUUAAGAUUACAGAGGAUUAUUCUGUGGUUUGUUUUUUCUUCCUUGUCACCCGGUUUUCUGAUCACUAUGGAACUCUAAUUUAAACCAUGUUUGGAUUGAAGCCACCUCUCUAUUACUUACCAGGCAUGAGCCAUGAGCCAAAGUCCCCUUCAAUAGGAAUGCUUUCAACAGCGACUCGGACCACUGCUACCGUCAGCCCCUUGACCCCUUCUCCUCUCAAUGGCUCCCUUGUACCCAAUGGCAGCCCAGCAGCCACCAGCAACCUGUCAGUUCAAGCAGCGCCCUCUUCCAGCUUCGCCGCCGCUCUGCGCAAACUCGCAAAACAGGCAGAGGAACCGAGAGGGUCUUCAAUAAGCAGUGAGUCUUCCCCUGUAUCUUCUCCGGCAACCAACCACAGCUCUCCUGCUAGCACGCCCAAGCGAGUGCCCAUGGGGCCCAUCAUUGUUCCUCCGGGGGGUCACAACGUCCCCAGCACACCCCCAGUGGUCACCAUCGCACCAACGAAAACGGUCAAUGGUGUCUGGAGAAGUGAGAGCCGACAGCAAGAAGCAGGAUCUAGAAGUGGCAGCAGCAGAGACCGUCUCAUCGUGGAGCCCCCGCUGCCCCAGGAGAAGGCGGCGGGGCCCGCCAUCCCAUCGCACCUCCUGAGCUCUCCCUACCCCUUCAGCCUCCCCCCCAGCUCCGUCGUCCAGGACUCCCGCUUCCCACCGCUGAACAGCCUCCAGCGCCCUGUACAUCAUGUGGUCCCCCCCAGCACCGUCACCGAGGACUAUCUGCGGAGCUUCCGCCCUUAUCACACGACGGAAGAUCUCCGGAUGUCCUCCCUGCCGCCCAUCAGCCUCGAUCCGGCCACUGCUGCUGCCUACUACCACCCCAGCUACCUGGCCCCUCAUCCCUUCCCACACCCGGCCUUCAGGGUGGAUGAUUCCUACUGCCUUUCAGCCCUGCGCUCCCCCUUCUACCCGAUCCCAACUCCCGGCUCGUUGCCUCCUUUACACCCAUCAGCUAUGCACCUCCAUCUCUCGGGGGUUAGGUACCCUGCGGAGCUGUCUCACUCAUCCCUCUCAGCACUGCAGACGGAGCGAAUGUCAAGUCUCACUGCAGAAAGAUUACAGAUGGAUGAAGAGUUGAGACGGGAGAGGGAACGGGAACGAGAACGUGAAAGGGAACGGGAGAAGGAGCGAGAAAGGGAAGCUGAUCGGGAGCGAGAGAAGGAGCGAGAAAGGGAACGAGAACGAGAAAAAGAACUGGAAAGAGAGCGGGAGAAGGAACGGGAGCGGGAAAGAGAAAAGGAACUGGAGAGACAACGGGAGCGAGCCCGAGAGAAGGAGCUGAUGGUCAAGACUAUAGAGAACCAGUUCCUGCCAGUAUCCGAGCUGCAUGGGCUACGGGUCCUUCCGGCAGAGGAUCGGGUGAAACCUUCAGAGCAACUAACACCAAACAGACCAGAGAAACUCAAGGAGCCUGCCUUGCAGACCCCGAAGGCUGUCCAGCACCCCCUGCACCCUGCUCCCGCUUCCCACCACCCAGUGCCCAGCCUCAUCUCCAACCACAGCAUCUUCCCCCUGCCCGGGAGUAGCGCGGCCACAGCCCUGCUGAUCCAGCGCACGAAUGAGGAAGAGAAAUGGCUGGCUCGCCAACGGAGACUACGGCAGGAGAAGGAAGACCGGCAGUCCCAGGUGUCGGAGUUCCGACAGCAGGUCUUGGAGCAGCAUCUUGACAUCAGCCGCCCCCCAGCUCCCACAGAGCCGGAACACAGGCCUGAGAACCCCAGACCGGGACCAACUCGUCAUGAGCCAAGCAGCCGAGACCAGCCACAGCACUUUGGAGGGCCCCCGCCCCUCAUCUCUCCCAAACCUCAGCACCAUCCCAUGCCGACCUCCCUCUGGAAUCCAGUAACCUUGAUGGAAAACACCCUGGAACCACGAAGGGUACAAGAAAACCAUUCUCUGCAUACCCACCCAGCUCCGUUUGAGCCCGGCCGACAAGCCAUCCCCUUGGUUAAAGUAGAAAGGGUUUUCUGCCCGGAGAAGCUGGAAGAGGGGACUAGGAAGAGGGAGGCAAGCCUGGAUAAAUACCAACCACUCAGGGAGCCUGGGUCAUUGGAACACAGUGGGUACUCUCACGGGCCCUUCUUGGCUGAACUGGAGAAGUCCACUCAGACCAUCCUCAACCAGCAGAGAGCAGCUCUCCCCCAGCCCGGACAGUUCCCUGACGUGAGCCUGCCCCCAAAGCCCAGCUCUCCGUAUCGGCCCCAGCUCCCCAGGGGCCCCGACCCCAUGUACGUUUACGACGAGUUCUUACAGCAGCAUCGGAAGCUGGUCAGCAAACUGGACCUGGAGGAACGUAGGCGGCGGGAAGCCCAGGAGAAAGGUUACUACUAUGACCUUGAUGACUCUUAUGAUGAGAGCGAUGAAGAAGAAGUCCGGGCCCACCUCCGAUGUGUCGCCGAGCAGCCGCCCCUCAAGCUGGACACGUCCUCUGAGAAGCUAGAAUUCCUGCAGCUCUUUGGCCUGACCACCCGACAGCAGAAGGAGGAAUUACUGACGCAGAAGAGGAGGAAGAGACGCCGGAUGCUAAGGGAGCGGAGUCCGUCUCCCCCGGCGGUUCAGAAUAAGCGGCAGACCCCUUCCCCCAGGCUCGCGCUCUCCACUCGAUACAGUCCCGAUGAGAUGAACAACAGCCCCAACUUUGAGGAGAAGAGGAGGUUUCUGACCAUUUUCCACCUGACUCACAUCAGUGCUGAGAAGAGAAAAGACAAAGAGAAACUUGUUGAAAUGCUCCAUGCCAUGAAACAGAAGACAUUGUCGGGAGCAGUGACAGACUCAGUGAAAAACGCUUCGAGGGACAGUCCCAUUAUCUCCCUGAGCGAGCCAGCAGCGCAGCAAGUCCCUGCAGAUGCAGACAGACCCAUCGGUACUGCAGCCUCCUUAUCGGACACGCCGAAGCCAGCAGAACCUGGAAGACUUGAACAACCCAGACCCCAGGAGCUCCAGAGAGUUGGGGAUCCAGCCUCCGAGAAGGGCAGAAUGAGUGAAACCCAUGGGGGAAAGAAGAGCUUGAGCAUGCUCCAUUAUGUCAGGGGUUCCUUGUCCAAGGACAUCCCCAUCCCCUUGUCUCACAGCAUGAAUGGGAAAAAUAAGCCCUGGGAAGCCUUCAUGGCAGAAGAGUUUGCGCAUCAGUUCCACGAAUCUGUGCUGCAGUCUACCCAGAAAGCCUUGCAGAAGCAUAAAGGAAGUACAACCUUGCUCUCUGCUGAGCAGAACCAUAAAGUCGACACCUCCGUCCACUAUAACAUUCCUGAGUUACAGUCCUCCAACCGGGUAUCGAUGGCUCAACACAAUGGGCAGCAGGAGACCUCAUCUGGGAGGAAGGGCCCCAUUUCCCAGGAGCUGGACAGAGACUCGGAAGAGGAAGACAAAGAGGAAGAAGAAGAGGAAGAGGAGGAAGAAGCCCCCAGACCCAAGUGGCAAGGGAUUGAGGCAAUUUUUGAAGCUUACCAGGAACAUAUAGAAGAACAAAACCUGGAACGGCACGUGUUGCAGACCCAGUGCAGACGGCUGGAAGCCCAGCACUAUAGCCUCAGUCUGACAGCUGAGCAGCUCUCACACAGCAUGGCGGAAUUAAGGAGCCAGAAACAGAAGAUUGUUUCAGAAAGGGAGCGACUUCAGGCAGAACUGGAUCACUUACGAAAGUGCCUUGCGUUGCCUGCAAUGCAGUGGUCUAGGGGUUACUUCAAGGGAUAUCCCAGGUGACGUUCCCUUGCACUAGGCCGAACAUAUAGUAUAGAAAUAUUAUCUAUUUUAUUACCUUGAAUAUUUAAUAUUUUUCACUGGGAGGUUUGAAGCUUAAAAAAAAAAAAGAAAAAAAGAAAAAGAAAUUGAGAAUGUGCCAUGCAUGAAGCAAAGGAUUCUGGGAUCCAGGAAAAAAAAAACUUAAUUUUGACUUCAAUGCAAUCGAAUCACCUUUGUAAUUCUGCAAGCAACCCAUUUAGGAAGCCCAUAGCUUUUGUUUUCUUUUCAAGUUGGUUUUGUUCUUUUCCCCCCUUUAUUGUUUUGGCUUUUAUAUAUACAUAUUAUAUAUAUAUAUGUGACAUACAUAUAUAUAUAAAAAUAUAUAUAUAUGAUGAAGAUGAAGGUUCCAUUACCAACACUAAAACCCAUUCAGUGUCCCAGGAGUGCCCAUCUGCACUUGACUGGAUCAAACCAAUUCUGUAUUCCUUCUGUUGCCAUAUUAGUUCUAAAGAACUGAAUUUCUGCUCUGUGAGGAUGGGGUGGGCUUCCAUCUGCCCCACAAGUGUAUGGCUUUCUUCGGUUGGAGAGGAGAUUGGGUGCAUUGUAAGUGACAGGAUUGUUCAUUUCAAUUACUCAAGUAAUUAUCUUCAGAGCAUCAUGUCCUGGGAGCAAACAAAGCCACAGUACUUGAGACUAUCCCUAAGGCUUUCCCACUGGAAAUGCACUUAUCUAAAAAAUAAAAUGAAUAAACAAACGGAAGGUACCUUUUUAUUAUGGGACGGGGAGGGGGGUGAAUUGUACAGAACUAUACACAUACACACAGAUACACACAGACACACACAGGCCCACGACAUUGUGUUACUGCAGUGGGUUAUGUUUUCAUACAAACACAAAUUUUGAGAGAAAAAAAAAGUCAAAAAGGUGCUUCGGCCUUGUACUGUGUAUAUAUAUUAAAAAAAAAAACAAAGUUUUGUAUGUUUUUAUUACUUUAAUUAUUGUUAUAAAAAGCCUGCCAUUUUUAAUAUGUGGUUUGGGGGGGUUGGUUUGGGGGUUGGUUUCCUGUUUGGGGUUUUUUGUUUUGGGGUUUUUUUUUUUUGUUUUUUGUUUUUUUUUGGUUCUAUUUUUGUUUCUUUUGUUUUGUUUUGGCAAAAAAAAAAAAAAUCUUGCUUUUAGUGUUUGUACCGCUGCUGGUCAGAACAUUAAAAUAUUGAAGCAUUUUAAAGAAUUUUUUAAGAGGCAAAGUAAAAGCUUUCCACUGGCGCAUAUGCUGUCAAUUCAUUUUCAACUUGUGUUGUACCAGAGAAUUCUUUCAAAAAGCCAUGCAUCACUUCUAACCUCCCUCCUUCCCUUUCUCUGUUCUUUCUGUUGUUAGUUUUUUUUUUUUUUUCCAGCACUUGGAAAGUAAAUUGAAAUAUGACCAGCUGCUAUUGAGUGAGGAGGGGAUAGUCUGUGUUGGGAACAAGAUAAAAAUUACUUCUGUGUGUUUUGUGGCAGCGCGCACGCGCGUGUGUGUGUAUGUCUGUGUUUUCUUUUCAGAGCCCUUUUCAGGAAGUAAAUGUUCUGUGAUCUAAAUCUAUGAUGUCUUACAGCAAUCUGAGCAGGUGCAAAGUAGGAAACUUUAGCGGCUUCACGUAGAUGCAGUUUUAAGAGCUUUUAAAGAGCCUAAAUGUAGAGGUUCACAUAAUGUCUGAGCUGAACUCCUCUUCUUUUUUAAUGGAUAUGGCAAGAGCAGGAGGGGCUAGAAACUGGAAGAAUAAAACCGGACUGAACAGGAGAAGAGGAUUCUUCCAUCUUGCCUUAGCCUUGAUCUAUCUCGGCAGUGUUUUGUUGUGGAUGGGGAAAUUUUGUCAGGAAGAGGAAAGAGGGGUUCCAUUCCCAAAGACAAGAAUGUUUGGGGGGGGGGUACAGAGCAGAAGACGAAGUAAUCUUACUGAUUUGUGAUGUUUAAACUUUCUCACUUAGCUAGUGAGCAGUUAUGUUUCUGCUCUUUGAUUGCUAAGGGGUGUCCCGAUCUUUUCUCGGUCUAGAUACAGCUUUCUAGCAGAUGGCAUUAACAUGGCUUUAUCUGUUCCUACACAGUUUAUUUUGUAUGUUUGCCAGGAAUCUUCCAGUUAUUAGCAAACUCAGACAAAAAGGGCCGCCAGUAUUAUCAGCAGUCAACAAGCGCCUUCCUUUCCAGAGAUAUUACUUGAAAAGAUGAGAGGCUGUACUUGGAUACCUCCUCCCCUAAAAGAUAUUGUGAAAUUUGCCAUGUACUCUGUAGGUGUAGCUUGGGGGUAAAGGAGCUAAUUUGCCAAAGACGAGGGCAAAAGUAUCAAUGUACUUCCCAUAACAAAAUCUGCUGACUGUGUCUAGUUCGGAAUUUCUGAGGGAGGGGCAUUUUCUGCUGCUGAGCCCUUUUCCAUAGUCCGUGGGAAAACUUGUCUCUUUUUGAAUUGGCUUCUGGGCUAGGAAUAGCCUCAGUCGAAGGAAACUGGGCAAAGGAAGGUUUACCAGCUCAUAGACCUGUGACAUCAUGGAAGAGGGAAGACACAGCACAGGACUUCGAGAAAUCGGGCUAGCCUAGAACACACUUAAUUAGUCCACCAGCUCCAGGCUUUGAGGAGUAUUUUGUCAGCUCUUGUCUUGCAAUGGACUCUCACCUAGCCAUACUGGUAUAACAGCAGGCAAAAGAUAGUAUGGUUCCAAAGGUGCCUGUUGAUUGAUAGGUGCCAUAGGGUUGAGAGUACACUACUAUUAAGAGAGCUUUGACUAUACUUGUUUCUGAUUGGCAUUUGAAUCUCAGCUUGACUCUGAGCUUUCUGUGCCCAUUUCGUUAUGUAGAUCUCUGAAUACUCUCCUUCCUCCAAAAAAAGAAACCCAUAGAACAGAAAUGACCAAUAGGAUAAGGAACUAUUGAAACAGACACAUUCUUGAAAUGUGUACAUAUCCUGAUGGGUUUUUCCCCUUGUCACGUUUAGAAUAGCACCAACACAGAAAGAAUUUAUAAUUAUUUUCAUACACUUCUAUUCAGAAAAAUGUGAGAAUAUGGCAGCUCUUAGUCUGUUUUUAAUUAGGCUCUGAAAAAAACUGACAAAAACAAAAUCUGGAAAGCUUUUUAAUUUCUUGUUAGGAUUGAUGGAAAAACAGGGAAAAAAACCUUUAGGAUACAAAAUGGUGAAAGUUCAACAAAUAUUUAUCAUGAUUGGCUCUAGAUUUGAUGAUGCUCUCUUAGUUUCAUUAUUUAUAUAGAGAUUUUGGUUUUUAGCAACCAGAAAUGGUACAUCAUUUUUGCAGAAAUAAGACUGCAACCCAGACUCCUUAAAGGUUCAAUGAGGAAAACUGCUGAAUUUUAAGACUCAGUAGCUAUAGAUAGAUAUUUGCACUUCGCCCCCAAAUUGAAACAAAACAAAACGCUCCUGAGGCUUCUUCAUUCCUUGGACUUACCACCCAAUGAUGUCAUUUUCCUUUUGCAAACAGACAUUCUGGAAGCAACACAUGGCUGGCACAGUUAUUGAAGUAAGACACUUAGGGUAGUUCAGUUUCAGAAGAAACAACUGAUGUCUAUCAGUUGUCUGAGCAAAAACGAGAGUAACUGAGAUGUCAUAUUCAGUCACUUUUGUAUGUUACAAGAGGUGAAAUUAAUUCUGGAUAAUCCGAAUCAAGGGCUUCAGUUGGACAAAUCAUUAAGUUGCCAUUGCCCUUUGAAGAAAAUUAAUUUCAUUAACCUAGAAAUACAUGAAGCUGUGAUUCAAAUUCAUUUAUGAAUGGCAUUUAAAAAAUAGCAUUGUGUAUUCAAUCACUGCCCCACAACUGCCAUAUUAUGAAAAGUUGAAUUUCAAAGAGGACCCAUUUUUAAAGAAAAUCUUGUUAAAAAUGCAUCCACUCCAAGUUAUCUCUGAGUUGCAGGAAGAGAUUUCAAGGAGCCGCCACUAGAUGGAGAUGGUCAACACGCGCCAAUUCUAGUACUCUAACUGUAUAUUAGCCAUUUGCAGCAAUUCCUAUACUCUUUAAAGUAACAAACGCUGUUGAUUCCUUUUUUCUUAAUCCUUUGGUAGCCUAUCCCCAACUUUUUGACCCUGUGCUUUACUCUAAGAAUUCUUCAUUCUGCCUUGACCCAAAGCCCAUGCUGAUUGGUUGUGAUUUGUAUGUACCCUGUGCAUAAUUCCUAGAGCAGUAAAUCAGUACAUGGGAGGAGGAAGGGCACCUCAGUCAACAGGGGGGCAGUUUAGAUGCUGUGAAAUUAAACCUGUUCUAAGUGUACUUGUUUGAAUUAAUUGUAUUGUAAUAUAUUAUUUGUUGAAUGUAGUAAUUAGGUAUUUAUGAAUAUAUUGCUGUAAUUUCUGACAACAUCCAAAAAAUAAAAUCUUCCUAAAUCA